AUGCAUCUGCUGUUGGUUCUUCCGUUUGUUCUAGAGGUUCAGUCGAGGUCCAUGAACCUCAACUUCACCUGCGACUGCACCUGCCAUACUGAGCUCAAAACCGCUAACUGCUCCAGCAGCAAUUACACACACCUGCCCACGUUCCUUCCACCAUUCACAGAACAACUAGACCUGUCCUUCAACCACCUGAAAGCCAUCAAGUCCAGAGCAUUCCAGAAUACCCGAAGAAUUCGCAUCUUACUUCUAAAUGACAAUGUGAUUAGUGUGCUAUCCAAAGGGGCGUUCUCGCUACUGGAGAGUUUGUUGAGACUGGAUUUGAGCCGAAACCGAAUCUCAUCCCUGAGUGAAGGAUUUUCAUUGGGUCUUGGUUCCCUUCGAGAGCUCUCAUUGGCUGAGAACAGAUUGACCAUCUUGGAGAAUAGCUGUUUUGUCCAUUUGGACAUUUUGCAAAGACUCAACCUGAGUCAUAACGGUGUUAAGACAAUAAAGAUGAGGGCGUUUGGCUCCAUGAGUACCCUCCGCCAGGUACAACUCGACUGGAACAAUAUAACUAUUCUGAAAAACGGGAUCUUCUCUAUGCUACGGAAUCUUGAAGUUCUGAAUUUAAGACACAACCAGAUUAACUGCUUGGACGUUGGAGUACUUUCGCCUUUGAUUAGCCUUGCCCUACUGGAUCUCACCAACAACAACCUGUCCUCGAUUCAAUUUAAGACCUUCUUGAGUCUCAACACCUAUAGCACGCACAUAAUGCUUCAUGGAAACCCAUGGAAGUGUGAUUGUGACCUGCAAAGAGUGUUCCGAAAGCUUUGUAACGUCAAACGGCUGUUCCUGGACGACUACGACAAUCUCACCUGCUCGAAUUUGGAUGAAAUUCAUGGUUACUACACAAUGGGUUUAGAUACCGAGCUCUGUAUCGCAGAAAUGGUGACCGUCCUUGUCAUUACAAUAACGGUGGUUAUCACUGUCGUGGCAGCCAUCGUUAUGGCGGAGAAGAAACGAAAGAAUAAGAAUAAAGAAAAGCACUGGACAGAGGUCAGCGAGUACUCGUGUGCAUCGCAGGAUUAA